UCCCUCUCUCUCAAUCUAAGCUCGCUCCCUCUGUCAAUUAUUAAGCAUCCUCCUCUCUCUUCUUCUCCUGCUUCCUUCUCCAGUUAGUACUUCAUCACUACCUAUACCUUGCAGAUCAAAAUAUGGCAAUUACUAGCCGACCCACCUUUCUCCUCCUCCUCCUCCUCCUCGGCCUCCCUUCCUUAUUAGUUAUUAGCUCCGCAACUGCUGCCACAACCUCAACCUCAGCCUCAGCCUCAGGCAGCGCGGCCACCAGUUUCAUCAAGUCCUCAUGCACCGCCACCCGCUUCCCGGCCUUGUGCGUGCAGUCCCUCUCCUCCUAUGCCAGCUCUAUCCAACAGAACCCACGACAGCUGGCACAGGCGGCCCUGUCGGUGAGCCUCGUCAGGGCCCAGGCCGCCAAGGACUUCGUCGCGAAAUCCACUAAAUUCAGGGGUCUUAAAGCGAGGGAGUUCGCCGCCAUCAAGGACUGCUUGGACGAGAUGGACGACACCGUGGAUCGGCUCAGCAAAUCGAUGGCUGAGAUGAAGGGGAUGGGGAAAUCCAAUGGCCAGGAGUUCCUCUGGCACGUCAGCAAUGUCCAGACUUGGGUCAGCGCCGCACUUACCGACGAGAACACCUGCUUCGACGGCUACUCGAGCAAGACGCUCGACGGCCGCCUCAAGGCAUCCAUCAGAGUUCGCGUGCUGAACGUGGCCCAGGUUACCAGCAAUGCCCUUGCGCUCGUCAACCGGUUUGCUUCCAACUAGUUGAUCAGCAGCUGAACUGGAGACAUCGAUCCAUUUCCGGUUCUCCCAAUAAGUGUGAUUAAUUAUUCUUCCGGAGUUAAGCAGUUGCUCAUGAGAUAUAGAUGGAAAGCUGCAGCUGGCUUAAUUGAUUGAUCUUGAAUGUGUGUGCCGUGUACGGAUACUAUAUUACCAUCACUUUAUAUGUACUGGAAUAUAUAAGGGAAAACAACUAUAUAUAGAUCAUGCUUAAUUACCAUCA